AUGGCAAGAAGGAACACUCGCUCCCGGUCUAGCGACUCUUCGGAUCCAGGGGACGCAGCGAUAGAAGUGCACCAGCAGAUCAACAAGCUCAAGAAAGAACGAGAUACAGCCACUAGAGAAGUGAGCGCCGAAACUGAUGCUGCCUUGGCAGAAAUCCAAGCGAAGGCCACUGCCUGGCUUGAAGACUUGCAACGUCAACGUGCACAAAGGAUGCUGAGAUGCCUAACGGAGAUUAUCGAGUUGGCCGAGCGCAGAGAAGCCAUUGAGGUCAAGAUGGCUGAUGUAGUGGCCAAGGCAAAUGCAAGGGUGGAAGAACUGGAGGCCAUGAUGAUGGCUGGGUAUGCAGGGAGAGAAAGGGAUGCAGCCGCAACUCUGGAGAAGGUGAUAGGGCACCAGAAUGGAAGCUGA